CAACGCACCUCUUGCUUUUUCCUCCAAAGUAUGUUAUAUUAAGUUUCGUGAAGCAUCAAGUGUUGGUGUGGCCCAGCAUCUAACUAACACGGUUUUUAUUGACAGAGCUUUGAUAGUUGUGCCCUGCGCAGAAGAUGACUAAACUGGCCAAGGCAGACCUGUUACACUUGCCUGAGUUAGGCAUUGUUUGCCAUGCCACUAAACCUGCCGCCAAGUGAAACCUUCAUGGGGGAAAUGAGAUUGAAGUCUGGCCUGCUGAAGAUGGACGCCCUGUCUCUGUUUUUAUGUUCUUUUGCUUUCUUUCCUUUGUUUCUUUUAUUUUUAUUUUUUCCUUUUUUGUUUUGUUCUGUUAAAUCUCUUUUCCUUGUACUUGUGAACUGGUAAUUCAGUUCUGAAAAAAUGAUGUUUUGUAAAGGGUUCACAGUGUUUCAUUUUGAAGUUGACCUGGAGCUGCUUGUGGAUGGUAUACACAAAAUUUAGAAUAUAUUUAACUAAGUUUUAUGCUGUGAAUUAUGGAUAAAUUUGGUUUGGAAUACAUUUAAGCAUCUAAAUUCAACAGAUGAGCACAUUGUGUCAGACUGGAAUAGUGAAUGGAAUAGUUUUAAAAAUAGUUUUUAAAAAUAAUUUUAAAAUGCAGUCUUUCAUAUGUUAUGCUUCAUGAGCAUAUCUUGGAAGAGGACAGUUGAAACUCUUACUUUCUAGAGAAAUUAACUUUACAAAGUAAAAUCACGAUCUUUGCUAUUUUUCCUCUUCUCAGCAGAGUAUUAUUUUAAGGUUGCAUAGUCUGUUUAAAAGAAAGCUUUCUAUUUAUGUCUAAUAGGAAGAGUUUAAAAGAAUUAUUUCUGAUAUAGAACUUUCAUGAAUAUUGAAUGUCACGAAAUAUUUGUUUGCUUCUGAUUAAACUUUGUUCCAGUGAGGUCAGUGGCAGUAAGAUUUCAUCCUUUUGUUUUUGUAGUUUUUUUAGAAAAAACUGUUUACCACUCAUAAGUACAAAUGCAGCCUGAGGUUUUGGUUGGAAAGUGUUAUGUGAGGCACAUUGGUUUUUAACACUGUUAUUUGUGGGAAGAUUGAAAAGUUCUGUGUGUAUGUAUGUGUGUAUUGCACUUUUACAUGCUCCAGUGGUGAUUAUUUAUAGAAGAGUUUAAAAAAAAACCAAACAAAACUGUCAUCUCACAAUCUCAGAAGCCCUGGCAGCUCAUGCUGGAGCAAUUGAGAAGGUUCUCAUCCCUAAAUGAUGUUUGUUUUUCUUUCUUGUGAAAUGGAAGCCCUGAAACGGAAGUGCUGGACCAGGUGGUGUGUCUAGUCCUCAGGCAUUGCUCUUCCCAGCAAGCUGCAUUAGGACCAAUUGGUUUCACUGGUAAUGCACCAGGCUGUGAACUGCAGCUGGGAAGAGCUUUGCUUUGUGAUCUCUGUUGGAUUUAGCUGUGCCAGUUGAGUUAAUUACCAGUAGUUGUAAUAUCUUUAAUCUCUGCUGCUAAAUCCAGUAAGAAUCAUGAAUUGGAUCACACAGAAAUUAUUUUAUUUGUAAGUGUGUGUUUUCCAUUGAUUUAAAAUAGUAGGAAAAUAACAGUUCCUUUACGUUUCGAGUAGAUGUGACCAGAAAGUAUUUUUAAAACAAAUAUACUUACUUAUUGCUGAAGCAGUUUUGGGGGCAGGGGAGGAUUAACCAUGUAGUUUCAGUACAAAGAGUAGGAAAUUAAUUUCUUCUGAGCACAUGGAGAAGGAUAAAAAUACUGUGAUCACUACCUGCUUAACACAGAUACUCCUGUUCAGCAUUUAGAAAAAUGGAUUCUGGUAUGGACUAGGUUGACUAGGGCUCUUAAGCCCUUUGGCACAAAAAAGUAACAAUCAUAACUGAUAUUUAGGACAGCUGUACAUUUCUGAAGAAGCAUAAGGUAACUCUAGGCAAUGCAGAGCUAAUCUACAUAUGCUUCCAGAUUCCUUUGCAAAGCAAAGAAUAAAUAAAUAAAUGAUCAUAGAAUCUGUAAUUUACUAAACACUCAUAAGCUUCUAAGGAUGUGGUAUAGAUGUGGCGUAUUUAUUUUAUCUGUUUCCCUUAUUAGAAAACAAAUAUCUUUACCUCAUUUCUAUUCAGCUGUUAAAUACCAUGAGUUUAAAACCCGAAACAGUUAUUCUUAAACUAAAGUGUCCUAAUUUGUUAUGUCAUUACCCACAUGUUUUGUUGUAUCUUUGUGGGCUUGUAUUACUUUUAUAAAUAAAAUCAUGGAGAUAAUAUUCCAAAACUUAAAGGCUGUAACUUGUGAGGUUAUUUGGCCUCACAUAUUAAUUUGUUUUUCAAAACUGUUUUAAGAACAGGGAAGUAAAUUUGCAAGAUGCUUCAGGUUCUGGGGCUUUGUUUUUUUUUUACCCACAACAAUUUAUUUUCUAUAGAAUUGUUAAAAAGUUUGACCUGAUCUUAAAAACUGGAGGAGGAUCUUUUGAAAAGAGUAUCUCUGAAAAUACAGGCAAAUUUUCAGGAUUCUGUCCGUAGAGAUACGGAUUCCUCAUUCUUGAAUAAAAUAAACGAGCAGAUCAUUGUUUGUGGCAUGGAACUGACCAACUAGAUUUUUUUAUUUAAAAUAAAACAUGAUGCUGUUGAGGGACCAAAUUAUUCUGGAAAUAAUGCUGCUAACUUUAUAAUUUAGAUAUGCAUGUUAUUCAUUUUUUGAACCGCUAUAAUAGUUUACUUAACUGAAAGUGUUCAGUGGAUUCCUUAAGCAAUGUUUGAGCAAAUGAAUAAUUCCAGUUAUUUCGGUAAGAUGACCUAUAUGCUUAAAGUUUAGAAUUGUAUUUAAGUACCUUUCUGAACUUGACUCCCUGUCUGUUUAGUUAUGUGCAUAACUCGAUUCCUGUUUAAAAGGGCGGUUAAGUGUAUAUUGAAUUGGCUGUAAGUGCAUACUUAAAUUAGGCGUAUGCAUAUUACUGACCAAGGAUCUAAAUUAGAAUGCAGAUGCACCACUUCAGGGGCCAUUUCUGCCAUUGGAUUUACUUGAGCCAUGUCUGUUGAUCCUGUAGAAACAUGUAUGAGUAUGGCUGUUCAGCAUAAGGUCUGGUUCAUCAGUCAUUUGAAAACACUUAAGUAUUUUGAUUUUCAGAAGAACUGGUAUAUAAUUGUAUGCUUAAUUUGCAUGCACAGUUGCUGGAACUGUAUGUUAGUUAGCUAUAUAGUAGGCAGGAUGUGCAGCAAAGUACCUGAUUCUCAUGAUCAGUCAGGCAAAUCAGGUACACCUGUUAUUGCAUGCCUGACUUCAAAAUGAGACCUGUAGAGUGCUGAACAUUGUGACAAUGACUUAUUCAUGCAUGUUUUUAAAAAAGCCCUGGAAGAUGCAAUUGCACAGUUAAUUCUUAAGUGCUAAUUUCCUAUUUUUCCCCUUUAGAUAGCAAAAUCAAGUGUUUUGUUACAUGUUAAGGAGCAAGGUGCCUCAAAACUUAACAUAAAUCUAAACAGGAGGCAUGAGGAAAAAAAGAGUAGUUAUCUUUUCUGUUCCACCCGUGCUACAUAUAAAUUAAUUUUCGUUUAGAUUUGUUUUGACCUUUGGUCAUAUCCAAUUGUAACCCAGUCCUUGCUGCAGAUCUGUAGAACAGGUUUGCAAUGCUUUUGUCUUUUUAUUUUUUUAUAGUAUGAUUCCUGUUCCUGUAGGGUUUAUUGGAACUCAUAUAGCUAAAAUAGCACAGUGUUUUGAAACUUAUAAUAUAUUUGUUUUUUGAUAACAAUAUUUAUAUAUCAAUUUUUAAAUCCUGAAGUUAGGGGUUUUAUAGUUAAAACAUACACAGUUUGAACCAAAGCAGUAAAAGCCACUGGCACAAUAUUUGUAUAUACCUUGACUUUUAAAACAAUGUUUAAAUAAAAACAUUUACUUUAUUAAAGUGCAUGGGGUAAUACCAAAGGGCUCAGUUGGAUAGCAUAUAUACAAUUAUGCCAGUAAUUUUGAAUAGAUCAUAGAUACCUAGUAUAAUUAUGAACUUCCUUUCUGUAGUUUUUCAGUUUAGUGUUUAAUGUUUGUACCAGUUUAAAUCCCUUUAUUUCAAAUUGAAUACAUAUAUUUAAUUGUAUUCAUAAUUAACUAUUAUCUUCUGAUUUUUUUGAAGAUUUUUGGGGUUCAUUUAGCAGUCUAAUUGUAACUAAUUUUGAAUGAAACUUGUGUUUAGUUCAGAUUAGAUAUUACUUAAACUUUUAGCAUGAUGGGGAAUAUAAUAUGGUUGAAAUAGUAGGAAAUACAUAUUUUAGGAAAAUAUAGCUUGCUUACCUGAUCAGUUAUGAUGUUCUUCAAUCUCAGUAAAUUUAAAGCUAAUUUAUCAAAUUUUCAGAUAAAUUGAGGUGACUUAGAAUGUAAGACAGUACAAAUCUGAAUUUUUCUGCCCUCCCCAUCUCCAUUCCCAACUUUACUUAUAAUAUGUCUUGUGUGGAGUCACAGUAGUCUUUAUUUUAUUUUUAUUUAUUUUUACAUCAAAAGUAGGUAACAUUAGGGGGGGAAAAAGCACACUAAUUCCAGUUAGCACAUACUCGGUUUGGGCUUGGGGUGGGGUGGUUUUUGUUUUUUUUUUUUUUAAUACUGAUUUGGUUAUUUGCCAUUUCUGGGGAUUAAACUUUAAAAAAUGUUCUUCUUUUCUGUAUCUGAUGUUCUGUGUGCUAUUAGUGAUGCAGCCAACACGAACGGUUGUCAUGUGUAAAACAACUUUCGAUCACCGUGAAAACACCGCCCUGGGAAAGCGUCCAUGCUUGAUAUCGUUUGGUUCAUGAACGUUAAGUUUCCAGUACAGGUAAAAUCCCAGAUGAAGCCAAAGCCCUUUCUCUAUUGGCACCUGCUCCUACUCUGACAAGCCUGAUGCCUGGUGCAGGGUUGCUUCCUAUACCUACACCAACCCCUUUGACUACACUUGGUGUUUCACUUGGCACUUUGGGGGCUAUACCAGCAGCAGCAUUGGACUCUAAUAUUGCAGCACUGGGAGAAAUACCACAGCCACCAAUUAUGGGGAAUGUGGACCCAUCCAAAAUUGAUGAAAUCAGAAGAACAGUCUAUGUUGGAAACUUGAAUUCACAGACUACAACAGCAGAUCAGCUGCUUGAAUUCUUUAAGCAAGUUGGAGAAGUCAAAUUUGUGCGAAUGGCAGGUGAUGAGACACAACCAACACGAUUUGCUUUUGUGGAAUUUGCAGACCAAAAUUCUGUACCUCGAGCUCUUGCCUUUAAUGGAGUUAUGUUUGGAGACAGGCCACUGAAAAUAAAUCACUCCAAUAAUGCAAUAGUGAAGCCUCCUGAAAUGACACCACAAGCUGCUGCCAAGGAACUGGAAGAAGUGAUGAAGAGAGUAAGGGAAGCCCAGUCUUUCAUAUCUGCUGCUAUUGAGCCAGAGUCUGGAAAGAACAGUGAAAGAAAAGGUGGUCGAUCUCGUUCCCAUUCUCGUUCAGAAUCCAGGUCUAGCUCAAAGUCCCGAUCUAGAAGGAAAAGAUCACACUCAAAACACAGAAGUAGAUCUGGCAACAGAUCGCUUUCAAGACACAAGGACAGAUGCAAGUCCAGAAGUCCCCUGAAAAAACGGUCUAGAUCUAGGGAAAGGCGGAAAUCAAGAAGUCGCUCUCAUUCUCGGGAGAAGAAAAGAGACAAAGAAAAGGCCAAAGAGAGGGAGAAAGAGAGAGACCGAGACAAAGAGAAGGAGAGAGACCGGGACAGAGACAAAGAAGGGGAAAGAGAGCGCGAUAAAGAGAGAAACAGGGAUAAAGACAAGGAGAAGGACCAGGAGAGAGAGAAAGAGCGAAACAAAGAUCGAGAGAGAGUCAGAGACAAGGAUAAGGACAAAGAUGAGGACAGGGAAAAGGACAAAGAUAAGGAGAAGGAAAAAGACAGGGAAGAGGUAAACCAGAACAAGGAAAAAGAUGAUGUUGAGAAAGAGGCGGAGAAGGACAGAGAGAAGAUGAAGGACAAGGAGGGAGAUAAGGACAAAGUAGGGGACAAAGAGAAGAACAGAGACAAAGAAAAUGAAAAAGAUGAGGAUAAGGAGAAGAAGGAGCGAGAAAGAGAAAGAGAGAGAGAUGAUAAAAAGAAGAAAGAGAAGAGAUUCAGAACACCCCCAAGAAGCUAUAGCUCUUCAAGAAGAUCUCGUAGCUCCAGCAGAGAAAGGCGUAAAAGGAAGAGCAGAAGUCCCUCCAAGUCUCCUAAAACAUCUAAAACAACAAAAAGAAAGUCUUCACAGAGUCCUCAGAGAAGAAACAAGAAAGAAAAAAAAAGAGAAAAGGAUACAAAUAACGAAAGAAGAGAAAAGGAACACUCAACCUCCAAGAAAAAAAAUAGUAAAGAAAUAGAGGGAAAAGAGAAAUCUGACAAAAGCACUACUACUUUGAAGGACAAAGAUCACACUAAAGAGGAUCCGAAUUCAGGAACUGACAAGGAAGCAGGCAACAGAGAUAAGCAAAGGACAGAUGAAGUCAAACUACAACAGAAUGGGAACUGUCAACCAAAUGACGAAAACCUCUCAAUUAAAAUAGAAGAGAUUUAAAGUGAAGAAUGGGCCUCUGACUCAACUAAGGAAUGAAAUCCAAAGCUUUUUAUUUCCCAGAAUGAGGAAGAAAAUGUCAAAGCAAUCAACCUGAACAUGGUGAUAGUACUAGUAGCUCUUCCAGUUCUUGUGAUAGCUUUGUUGAUUUCUUGCUGUAAAGCAAGAGAGUACGGACCAGUAAUUAUACCAUGAAAAGGCAGAUGCCAUCAGAACUAUUCACCUCUGAAAAUCCAUAUUAUUUCCAUGAUGGCUGUACUUAUUUGUAAAAUGAUUUAUGUUAAGUUUUGUAAUAAGCUGUUACAAAUAAGUAGAAAAUGAAUGAUGUAGACCUGUACUAUCAAAAAAAAAAAGCUGAAUAUGUGCAUUGAAGGUUGUUUAAAAUACUGCUCGUUGAUGAAUUUUGUAUUGUUUUAAUUUGUGGGUUAAAAAAAUCCACAAAAAUCUCAGUGCGUAUUGUUUGAUAUGCUUGGAAAUAGUGCAUAAAUAUACAGAAUUUCUUUUGUUGUAAAUGAAAACUAGAGAAAAAGGAUUUUUAAACAUAUACAGUUUUACGGUUCUUAGGUUAAAUGCCCACUGACUAGUUUGUUUUUUAUUUGCUCACUGCUUGAGAUUCUUGGGUUUUAUUUAAAACAAUUUCUUACUAAUAUCCCUAAAAUGAAUAUUUCUUUUAAAGUAUUUGAACAAUGCAUGCUACUUUUCUGUUCCUAAAAGGAACAUUGCCAUGUUAUAGAUAACAGGUUCACUUACUGGGUUAUUUUGGGGUUGUUUUGGUUUUUUGUUUGCUUUUGUCCUUCCAGAAGUGAGCACAUCUGUAUGAUGAUAUUAGAACUUACAGCUUUGUUUUGAGGCGUACUGCAGUGUGUCUGUUCAGCUGCAAAUAGUACAGGUGUCAUUAUGAAAAUAAUUUAUUUGUUUAAAAAAAUAUGGGAGCACAAACAGAAGAUUUAGUGCCUUCUUAAAGGUAUUUUCUAGAAAUGUAUAUGUGCUA